GUACCUGCCUAUAUAUACUCUUACCCUACGCAGUAUUUGCCUCACUUAUACGCCUAACAUCCCACAUUACAUAAAUGUAGGUCAUGCCUACCUCCCUGGUACUUAGUAGGUAGGUAGGUAGGUAUACAUAAUACCAAGUAGAUAUACAUAAUGUAGGAUUUAUCAACUUCAACAAGCCUCUCAGCUCUCUCCUCUCACACCGCUUCCUUUCAAAAUCACCUUCGCCGGUCCACCCGGACGUCGCCUACCUGAGCCAUCAACAUACCAUAGGAAUUCUCCUGACGAUUUAUACUUGCCGAAAGAUAUCGUCCGAGUGCGAGGGCGUGGGCGUGGGCGAGGGAGAAGUUAAGUGAUAAAAAGAUGCCAUCAACUCUUCCUAGGCUUAUUUACCUACCUCCCUUGUAUGUACUUAACCUGUGCUCAUAAAUAAGCCCUUUGUCUUACAUACCUACCCGAUAGUUACCAGACUGUCAGCAUUGGCUUCCGUUCGUUACCCAAUCAGAAAUGCCGCCAAUCCUAGAAAGGAGAAGGAGGUUCUCAACCUCUUCUACCCAUCACCAACGCCGGCUGAGCGAGUUCGCCGCUAAACAUGGGCCGUAUUCGCGGGCUCUCACGCCACUAUUCCUUGGAGUAUCGGCUGUAAUGAGCGACCAUGAUACCGUGGUCUUAUCCAUCGCAACUCAUGAUCAAACGUAUCUCAUUGAUUACAUGGUUGAGCAUUUGAAGCUCAAUGACCCUUUGAAAUCGGGCCAAGAUGUCAUCGCAGACUAUGUGAUCAGUCAGGUGCAAAAGUAUGAACAUGACAAUUUCGUCAAGUUUAUUGGUGCCGGGCUUCCCGUUAGUUUAAUGGAAUUGAGCCCUACACUAAAUUCCCGACUAUGGUUGGAAAUCGAUAUCGUCCCGAUCGACUUUGACGUUGAUGGUUCCGAGACGUCGUUCUGGGAUGACAAGAACGUCGAUGAGCAGGCUGACUCGAUGGCACGUAAAUGCGUCAUGGUUUUUGGUCCUUCUCUAGUCCCUAUCCUGCAGGUGGGCUUCCGGGGCGCUGUUAUGAGUGAUGCUGGGUUCAGAGCGCAUCUGACAACGCUCAGCGACUAUAGACCUACAUGUGGCAGCGCGACAUGGGACUCCACUAUGCACUUCGCCAAUCAGCUCAAGGAGAAGAAGGUUAAAAUUGCCUUUUUCAGUUCAACUCCGCAAGGUGGUGGAGUCGCGCUUAUGCGACACGCCUUGGUGCGGUUCGCCCGUCUCUCCGGUGUUGACUUGACGUGGUAUGUCCCGAAGCCCCGUCCGGGAGUCUUUCGAAUCACCAAGAACAUGCAUAAUAUUCUUCAAGGCGUCAGCGACCCAGACGAACGCAUCACACUAGAAGACCAAGAGACGAUCACCGAUUGGAUCACCGAGAACGCUAAUCGUUAUUGGCUCUCUAAGGGCGGUCCAUUGCGUCCAGCUGAUGAAGGAGGUGCCAAUGUUGUUGUGAUUGACGACCCACAGAUGCCUGGUCUCAUACCACUUAUCAAAAAGGUCACACCGGAUCGGCCUGUCAUCUAUCGCUCGCAUAUCCAAAUUCGCAGUGACCUAGUUGCUCAAAGUGGCUCACCCCAAGACCAGGUAUGGACUUUUCUAUGGAACAAUAUCCGUUACGCGGAUAUGUUCGUGAGCCACCCAAUACCUAAAUUUGUUCCCGACAACGUUCCCCGUGAGAUAGUCACCUACUUGCCAGCAACAACCGACUGGCUCGACGGCUUGAAUAAGCGCAUAAAUGAGUGGGAUACAGGCUACUAUGGAACCAACUAUAACUCGCAGUGUCACUCUCAACACAUGACUCCGUUGAAGUAUCCGGAUUCCAAGUACAUCGUCCAAGUUGCUCGCUUUGACCCCGCGAAAGGCAUCCCUACAGUUAUAGACUCGUAUGGUGAAUUCCGUAAGCGCGCUCAAGAACUAGGACUAGAUGAUGUCCCCCAGCUGGUAGUCACAGGAAACAGCUCAAUUGACGAUCCUGACGGAAAUUUGAUAUAUGACCUCGUCAUGGAUCAAAUCGAGACUCACUAUUCUGAAUUUGCAGACGACAUCAGCGUCAUGCGUUUGCAAGCGAACGACCAGCUCCUCAAUACCCUUAUUGCAAAAGCACAUGUCGUGCUACAGCUGUCCACUCGAGAAGGAUUCGAGGUGAAAGUAUCCGAAGCACUUCACGCAGGGCGGCCGGUGAUCGCUACUCUAGCCGGUGGGAUACCAAUUCAAGUUAAGGAUCAAGAAAAUGGCUUCCUCGUUGAACCUGGCGACUAUAAGGCCGUGGCACAGCAUCUCAUAGAGUUGUUCACCGAUGAUGACUUAUGGAAUCGAAUGAGCUACGCAGCGAGGACUGGCGUCAGCGACGAGGUCGGUACGGUUGGAAAUGCCUUGUCCUGGUUUUACCUCGCAAAUAAGUUCUCUGAUGUUAAAGCUAAUAAAGACGACAUUAACGGCGUCGGGGGCUUUAAGGGAAGCUGUAGAUGGGUGAACGACCUAGCGCGUGAGGAAGCUAGCCGUCCUUACGAAGAAGGGGAGAAUCGUCUCCCACGCGAGUUUACGGAGUAACCCUAAUUACUCGGACUGAAUGAAUAUGGCUUGAGGGAAUAGAUUUUACUUCUCGUCAAUGGCGCAUAUGGAUGUGACGAAGGGAACAACCGCUCUUAUACUCUUAUAAGUAGGUGAUUUUCUUCCUAGCUUGUGGCUAGGCUUUCUGUUGAUCUACCAAAAAAAAAAACCUUUAAAAAUUUUUGAUGAGUCAUGGCUUGGCUGAUUUCUUGUUCAUAUACGAACCUUGGGUAUUUAGGUAGGAAAGUAUCUACCACUUAAUUAUACUGCGCGUCAAAGGGGAUAUGGUCUAAUAGAGGAUACAAAUAUUCAUAAACGAUUGACUAGAGAAUACAGGACAU